CCAGGUGGAAGAGGAUGGAGGGAUGGAGGGAUAAGUGCUGCAGGUGAUCAUUAUUCAUGACCAGGUGGAGGAGGCGACCCUGAUGGAGGAACAAGUGCAGCAGGCAUCUAUUAUGGAGGACCAGGUGUCCUGGCAACGAAAGAUGACCAGAGCAGAGGAUACAAAAGCGGACAAACCCGACUGACAGGAACUAGAAUCGCCAGGUAACAGAGAUCGGCCAGAACAGUUUGACCUCUUGGAGUGAUUGGGAUGCUCCCUAAUGGCCGAACAGGGAUAUGGUUUUCCUCCGCUGGUGUUUAGACUGCAUGGAGGAGCUCCACAAGUGGUGCGGGAGGUUCUGCUAGAGCGAGGAUGGGAGGAAUUUGAUGAAGAGGUGCAACAGGAAGGAGACUGGAACCUCUACUGGAGAACCUCAGGCUUCCGAAACUCUGACUAUGAAAACAUCCUGCCCUGGCAGAGACUGAACCACCACCCCAAAGUGACCCACGUCACACGGAAGGACUAUCUGGUGCGCCACUUGCGGAGAAUGAAGUGCGCUUUCGGCGCAACCCUGUAUGGCUUCAGCCCUUCCACUUUCAUACUGCCAAACGAAUACACCAAAUUUCUAGGAGUGUACACUAAGAAUCACUCGUCACGCUACUGGAUUUGUAAACCCGUGGACCUGUCGAGAGGUAGAGGGAUAUUUCUGUUCGAAGAUAUCAAGGAUUUGGUUUACGACUCUUCGGUGAUUGUACAGAGAUACAUCAGCAACCCACUUCUCAUUUCAGGCUACAAAUUCGAUCUACGCAUCUACGUUUGUGUUAAAAGCUUCUCUCCUCUUGUCAUUUACAUGCACCAGGAAGGCCUAGUGCGUUUCGCCACGGAGAAGUACACCCUUGCUUCCUUACACAACCUAUACUCGCACUUGACCAACACCAGCAUCAACAGAUUUGGAUUGUGCUAUGCCAUGGACAAAGAGCGAGUGGGUAAAGGAUGCAAGUGGACCUUGAGCCAAUUCCGCUGCUUUCUUCACAAACAAGAUGUAAAUGAGCUACUCCUGUGGCACAAAAUCAGUAAUAUCGUCACGUUGACUCUUCUCAAAGCGGUUCCUUGCAUUCCCUCUAGCCCGAAUUGCCUGGAACUGUUAGGGUUUGAUAUUCUCAUCGAUUCCAGCUAUAAACCGUGGCUUCUUGAGGUCAACCACAGUCCGGCACUUUCAGUGGACUGCGCUGCUGAUGUAACAGUCAAGAAAGGGCUGAUUGGUGAUUUCAUUGACCUGUUGAACUACAGGACGAUUGAUAGCUUCAGACAGAAGGGACACCUCAGGAAGAAGUAUACACGAUCGGGGAGCAAGGAUUUACAGCCCAAAGUCUUUCAAGGGAUUCUGCUGUCCAAGACUUUACAUGCAACUCCUAUACGAAAAAGAAGCUGGACUCGGCCUAUCUCAACUUCUUUAGGUUCUCGAGACAUUGGGUUGUGUUCGGUUAAUGCUAGUGCUAGAAAUUCCACAGUGUAUGCAAACCGCCCUGUUUCCAAAUCUAAAAGUUAUGAUAAGUCAACUGAGAAGGUAAUUGCAGUUGAGGUGGAAUCGGAUGAUCUGAAUCUAAGACCAAAAAACAGCACAAGAAACACCCCAUCUUCAGUGUGUAAGCUACCUUCUCUUUAUGAAAACAAACUCAAGUCUCCAACCUUCGCUUGGGACUGCAGGACUCCGGAUAGAGGGGUCCCUGCUUGUCGUGUUGGAGACUUCAUACUGACGUUUCCAUUUAAUGAGGCAACUUGGAAAGCAUCUCGAGAGAAGGUGGAUGUUAAGGUGGUUGUGAACGAGGUCCAGAAACUCACCAAUCGACUGGCAUCUUCUUUUAAUGCAAACGAAAGGAUGAAGACGGGCAGCAGUCGCACUGGAGGAGCAGUCAGGGACAAAUUUGAGGCUCUGCUUUGGGGGCCAAAAGAUCCACCUCUUCUUAGCGAAUGCUGCUUCUCUGGUUCAGAAUUGAAAAGUAAAGGCAUUUAGGUAGGUUAAACACAAAACAAGAGGAACUGAACCACCACCACCAGGUUGGCUCCGCCUUGCCUUCAUCUUCAGGCAGUAUUUGCCAACUCUUCACGAGACCUGCAUCAUCGACGGGGCUUAGGCCAAAGGACUAUACACAAAGGACAGUAGCUGAAAUUACACAAAGGACAGUAGCUGAAAUUGCAAUGUUUUAUGCUUCCUCAAUAAAUGAUAAAACAUU